GCUGGAGAGGGGGCGGCGCUGCCGGUGCGGCCCGGAACACGCUAGUGGAGCGGAAGAUGGCGGCGGCGGCGGCGGCGGCUGCAGCCGGGACCCCAGUUUGGUUGAGGCGGAGGAGCCGCCGGUUCUGACCUCGCUCUGGCUCCAGUGCGUGCGGUAGAGCGUGUGCGAGGCCCCGUGCAGCGGGCAGGGGCGGCAGUGGUCAGUGCGCGCCGCCCUGAGGAACGCCCCGGCGGCGCUGCUGCGGCUGAGGAGAGAGCCGGCUCCGGGCCUCGGCGUCCUCCGGCGCCCCGGGCCCCGCGCCUCCUCGGGGGGGCGGCGGCGGCGAUGUUCUCGGUCCUGUCGUACGGGCGGCUGGUGGCCCGCGCCGUGCUCGGCGGCCUGUCGCAGACCGACCCCAGGGCGGGUGGUGGCGGCGGCGGCGGCAGCGGCAGCGGCAGCGGCGACUACGGGCUAGUGACGGCGGGCUGCGGCUUCGGCAAGGACUUCCGUAAGGGCCUGCUCAAGAAGGGCGCGUGCUACGGGGACGACGCGUGUUUCGUGGCCCGCCACCGCUCGGCGGACGUGCUGGGAGUGGCGGAUGGCGUCGGAGGGUGGAGAGACUAUGGUGUGGACCCAUCUCAGUUCUCAGGGACUUUAAUGCGAACAUGUGAGCGGCUGGUGAAAGAAGGACGCUUUGUCCCCAGCAAUCCUGUUGGGAUCCUCACCACGAGCUACUGCGAGUUGCUGCAGAACAAAGUACCUUUGCUGGGUAGCAGCACAGCCUGCAUCGUGGUGCUGGACAGAAGUAGCCACCGCUUGCACACAGCGAACCUGGGUGACUCGGGCUUCCUGGUGGUCCGGGGUGGCGAGGUUGUUCACCGGUCUGACGAGCAGCAACACUACUUCAACACCCCCUUCCAGCUCUCCAUCGCCCCUCCUGAGGCCGAGGGCGUCGUCCUGAGCGACAGUCCCGAUGCUGCUGAUAGCACGUCUUUCGAUGUCCAGUUAGGAGAUAUCAUCCUGACAGCAACAGAUGGGCUCUUUGACAACAUGCCUGAUUAUAUGAUCCUUCAGGAGCUGAAAAAGCUGAAGAAUUCAAAUUACGAGAGUAUCCAGCGGACUGCGAGAAGCAUCGCUGAGCAAGCACACGAGCUGGCCUAUGACCCAAAUUAUAUGUCACCUUUUGCACAGUUUGCAUGUGACAAUGGAUUAAAUGUGAGAGGUGGAAAACCAGACGACAUCACCGUCCUCCUCUCAAUAGUGGCUGAGUACACGGACUGAUUGGCUACGCUGGUGACGCCUGCCUUUCCCUUGUCCCCCCGACUUUCCCUGCCACGUGUGCUGAUCCUGCUGGCAGGACCACGUUUCUUUGCCACUGAUCUCAGUGGCCAAUGAUGGAUGCUCUGGCCCAUGUUUGAGACCCAUCAAGAUCCUUGUUGAGAACCACUACUGUCAUCCGCUAGCCCAGACCUGCUGGCGACCCACUGAGAGAAGUGAGGUGACCUCUCCCUUCUCCUGGACAUCGUUUUCAAAGCCUUUUACUUUUCAAAAGCGGUUGAAGUUUUAAAAAUAAGUAAUGUUGGUAAAGUGAACUCAAACUUUCAGUGUGUUAGAGGGAUGUUAACAUUCAACAAACAGUGGAUAGUGACACCUCUACCAGAAAACACAUGGAUCAUCCCAGGGGAAGUCCCGUGUCCCUCAAGGGCAGUCUCUGCUAGGACUGGUGUGGCUCUGUGUUUUCUGUACAAACUCCUGUUUCCCAGGAGCCCACAGUCCUGCUCUAACCCUGUGCUGGCUAAUGAUGUCACAGCCCCAGCAGCUCUAAUCCUGUGCUGGCUUAUGACGUCUCAGCCCCAGCAGCUCUAAUCCUGUGCUGGCUUAUGACGUCUCAGCCCCAGCAGUGUAUGGUUUUGGUUAAAAAUUGGAAGAAAAUUUUUUGUUCUAUGGAUGCAGAUACUUUGUGCUUUUUAAAAGAUGCUUAAUUGUGCCCCUGUGACUGCAGCUGUGGCAGUCUGUUGAUUUGUCCAGGUCACAGGCUAGAGGCCUGGCCCACAGGAGAGGAUCAAGGGAAGGAGACUCCUUACCAAAAUCCAGUAAUGGAAAUACUACGCAAAAUUUCAGACUCCUCAAAGCCUGGGCAUCAAAUGCUGUAGCUGGAGUCAUCCGUGCUGCCUGUAAGGAUGCCAGGAGCCUUCCUGGGCUAGAGUAUGCAGCUGCAGCUUGGAAAGGGGUUGGCUGUGGGCAGCCUUGCUCCUUCUCUCAGGAGCCUCCCACCCUAAGAGCAUGCCCUACCUGCGUUGUGUCCUCAAGGUGAUGGAGUGGUGGCUGCAUCUCCCUGAGCCCACAGGAAAGCUAGUGGUGACAUAACAUUCACAGUGACCACAGCUGAGUGUGGGGCCCUGAGUCCAGCUUAAUGUUUACAGUUCCAAUAGCCAUUUGCAGUAGGUAACGUUCCUUCUCAGACUUCCCCAUUACCUGCGAACGCAAACUUAUUUUUAAGGUUUAUGUACAAUUGACUGCUGUAAAGAUAUAUAUUUUUUUUUGGGGGGGGGGUCCGUUCUUUUUCUUCAUUAACUUGGUGGUAGAAGAACCAUAUAUACUUAGAAACCCUUAAGUUAAAGCCGUGUUUUCUGUGCAAGUCAGACGAUGCUGGUGUGGAGAUGGUGUGAGCAGCUGCACAGCCCUUCCUCUGCAGGAGACACUGGCUCCCUGGUAUUGCAUUGAACUUGUGUUUGAGGUUACCUCAACUUGUUUUUAAAAGGUUUUGUCUGUGCGUUUGUAUAUUUGAGUAGCUGUCUCUUGUUUUAUUUAAUUGUUAUCCAUGUACCAUGUACAUGUCAGUGCUCUCUCAGCGCAGCAUGCUUGUAACAGGCAUUUCAUGUAUAAGAAUGAGUCACUCAUUUGUAAGCUGUUCAGUAAUUUAUCUACUAUUCCUAAAUUGGCAUAAUGUUAGAGUCCUAUUUUGAAUCACCUUGAAUUACAUGUCAGAAUGCCUUAACUACCCUAACCUGACAACACUGAGUUCUUUGGUGAGGAGAUACAGGGGCUGGGUAUGGAGGGAGACUGGGUAAGGAGAGGCCGUGCUCUGCUGAUCCGGGCCGUGAAGGGCACGUGGUGGGUAUUUAUUUUGCACAAACUCUUUGCAGUGUCUGUGUUAAAACAGUACGGUUGCAUCCAGAUGGGGUGUGUGACUCCAGGACUGAGUACUUGAGCUCUUCUGUGUGGUCUGUAAUUAGUUUUUGGUCAGAGGUGUUGUAGCCUUACAAUCUGGAUAUAUUUUGCAUUAAUUUUCCAAUGCCGACAUUUAAUUCCUGCUAAGAGCAGAGCUGGUCAAGUCACUGGCUUGUUUCUGCUCUCAUUUAGCCUCCUAUCAGCCAAUGUUUGUAAAAGUGGAUUGGUGUGUUUUAUACAACUUACUUUUAGUCAACUCACUUUUCUGAGAGCAGUGAUUGUUGGAAACGGACAGGCAGCAUGGCUGCCGUGCCAGUCUACUGACAACCAUAGGGCAGCGUCAGGAUUCAGUGAAAAUUACUCCGGGCCUGGCGCGUGCACUAGUGACGUCACAUAUUCCAUUUGCUUCUCCCUGUCCUUUUUGUUACACACUUAAUUUUAUAACUGUCAGAGGUCAGGCAGAGCGAGCGCUGCUCACACUCACUGAGGCCAGGGCUCUGUCACACACCCCGCCAGUCUGAUCCGGAACCUGGUGUGCGCGUGCAUUGUAUUUUAAAUCAAGCAAUGUAAGCACUCUUAUUUGUCUCACAGAGUGAACUUUUAUAACAAAAGAGAAAAUUUGGAUUUUAAUUUACAAUGGCAAAUUAUUUAUCCCUCUGGAUGCACCAAAGACCAGUAAAGUUUAUAGCUUUUCCAUCUAUAUUUAUAAAGCAAUACUGUAUUAUAAAAAAAAUCACUAUUUUUAUCACAUGCUUGAAAUUUUUAUUUUGUUCUGUUUUAAAAAUGUGCACUCUAAACAUAUCAGAACCUUAUUUCUUCCUAUGAACUUAAGCUGCCUGCGCACAAAAAA